AUGCCCGCCCUCAACGAACGCCUCAGCGGCGUCAAGUUGCUGGUGGCCAUCACGAUUGUCAACGCCAUCAGUCUCGGCUGGUUUGGCUACGACCAGGGCGUCUUCUCGGGCGUGCUCGUGUCCGCCGACUUCAGGAAGCAGUUCCCGCAGACGCUCAAGUCCAACAUCUCCGGCAUCACCUCGUCGUGUUUUAGUCUGGGCGCCUUUGUCGGUGCCAUCACCGCCUUUACGUACGGCGACAAGUUUGGCCGCCGCCGGUCCGUCGUCCUGGGCAUGACCUGCAACAUCAUCGGGGCCAUCCUGCAGAUCACGUCGUUCGACCUGCCCCAGCUCAUCGUCGGCCGCAUCAUCAACGGCUACGGCAUGGGCGUCACCUCGUCCGUCUGCCCCGUCUUCCAGGCCAAGUGCUCCAAGCCGGCGGUCCGCGGCAAGCUCGUGGCCCUGGGCUCGUGGUGCAACACCGCCGCCUUCUGUCUCGUCAGCUGGAUCAACUUUGGCAUCUACUUCCAGGGCGGGCCCCUGCAGUGGCGCCUGCCGCUCGCCCUGCAGCUCAUCUUUCCGCUCGUCGUCGUGCCCAUGCUCUUUUUCGUGCCCGAGUCGCCGCGCUGGCUGGUGCUCAAGGACCGCCACGAGGAGGCCCUGGCCAUCCUGGCGCGUCUCGAGGGCCCCGGGGUGUCGGUGCACGACCCGGCCGUCACCGCGGCCUUCCUCAACAUCUCGCAGACCCUGGCCCUCGAGCGCUGCGACCAGAUGCCGCUCAAGGACGUCCUGCUGUGCCGCGACCAGACCCAGACCCUGCGCCGCCUCGUCCUGUCGUGCGGCACGCAGCUGAUGCAGCAGUUCUCGGGCGUCAACGCGCUCGGCUACUACCUGCCGACGCUGCUCGAGACGAGCCUGGGCUUCAGCGAGAAGAAGGCGCGCCUGUUCACCGCCAUCAACAGCGUCAUCUACCUGUUCUCGGCCUGCGUCUGUCUGCUGCUGAUUGACAAGGUCGGCCGCCGCAAACUGAUGCUCUACGGAUCGGUGUCCAUGGGCUCGACCUACCUGAUUUCGGCCCUGACCCUGCUCGGCGCCAAGAACGACCCGUCCAAGAAGCGCAUCCUCGGCAACGUCACCACGUCCAUGUUCUUCCUCUACUACUUUACGUACGGCACGUCCUUUGCCAAGGUCCCCUGGGUCUUCAACUCGGAAAUCAACUCGCUGUCGUGGCGGACCCGCGGGGCCGCCGCCGCCACGGCCACCAACUGGAUCGGCUCGUUUGCCGUCACCCAGUUCACCGCCACCGGCGUCAAGAACCUGGGCUGGGCCUUUUACCUCAUCUUUGCCAUCAUCUGCUACGCCUACUUUCCCGUUGUCUUUUGCCUGUAUCCCGAGACGGCCCGCCGCACGCUCGAGGAUAUGGACCAGAUCUUCAUCACGCACCCCUCCAUCUUUGUCUUCGGCAAGCCCGCCCUCACCGACCGCAAGCGCCCGCAGGUCUUUAUCGAUGCCGAGAACGAGCGCAUUGCGGCCGCCGAGGCCUCGGAGCUGGGGCAGGAGGUGCUGGACACGAAGGCACAGGCGGGAAGCAAGCACGUCGAGGAGGCGUGA